UAUGGCGGUUACAAGACGAGAUGUCUGUCAAAUACGUAAUUUCGGAAUGUAAAAGAAUUUUGUAUUGAGUGUUGUAUAAAAAAUUUGUCUAAUUUUACACUCUAAUUUGCAAGAGUGUUUAAAAAAGACUAUAAUAUAAUUGAGUGUAUACAAGCAUUAGGAAGCAUUUAAGUUUUUCUUCUGUAUAGCAGUUUCUGAACUUUUAGUGACUAAAGAAUGUAAAUACAUGGUUUUUGAUAUUAUUCCAUAUUAUUAUGCCGCUGAAUAGCCAAAAUUUAUCCGCAUGUAGUCAUAUAUAAAACAAGGUUUAUUAUAUUCUUGUAUGAUGUCGGCUCCACCAAAUAAAAUGAGAGGUCCUGGUCGUCCACCAAAAUUAAAAACGUUUUGCACCUGGUGUGGAGAAACGAAGCAAUCAUUAAAAUAUGUUUUACCAACUCAACAUGGAAAUAAGGAAUUUUGUUCUCAAAUUUGCCUUUCAGAAUAUCGUAAAGGUUAUGUUUCUGAGAGAGGAGCUUGUGUACAAUGUGAUAAUGUUAUUCGUGGUACACCUGUGAGACUUGAUCAACAAGAUGGACCAACAAAAUAUUUUUGCUCUCAUUUCUGUUGUAACAAACAUCAAAAGAAAGAUGGACAAUCAGAUUCAAAGAAAAACAAUAAUGAGCAGAGGUCUACAGUAGUAGCUUCUCCAGUUCUAUCAACAAUAUCUAGUAACAAUAAUUCUACAACAGUAGCAGCAACAGCGGCGGCGGCGGCAGCAGCAACGACAACAACAACAACAUCAAAUCAAUCCUAUAAAUCAAAUCUCAAUAUUUCACAAUCACCAUCAACUUCAAGUGGGAAUUUUCAAUUUGAAACUUAUCAAACAUUCGACUGGGAACAAUAUUUGAAAGAAACAAACAGUACCGCUGCACCUGCAGAAUGCUUUAAACAACAUGAAAUACCGCCGACAAAUGAAUUCAAGAUGGGAAUGAAACUGGAAGCGCUUGACCCGCGAAAUUUAACUUCAACAUGCAUAGCAACUGUGGUUGGUGUCUUGGGUCCACGAUUGCGUCUCCGAUUAGACGGGUCUGAUAAUAAAAACGACUUUUGGCGUUUGGUCGACAGCAACGAGAUUCACCCAAUAGGGCACUGUGAGAAGUCACGUGGCAUGUUACAACCACCUUUGGGAUUUCGAAUGAACGCCUCAAGUUGGCCAUCGUUUCUUAUGAAAACUUUGAAUGGUGCCGAAAUGGCACCAGCCAAAAUCUUUAAAAGCGAGCCAAGUACUCCGCGCUCAAAUAUGUUUAAAGUUGGUCACAAACUGGAGGCGAUCGAUAAGAAAAAUCCCCAACUAAUUUGUACUGCGACUGUGGGAGCUGUCAAAGAUGACAGAAUUCAUAUUACCUUUGAUGGUUGGAGAGGUGCUUUUGAUUACUGGUGCGAAUAUGAUUCAAGAGACAUGUUCCCCGCCGGCUGGUGUUUCAAAAGUGGACAUCCGCUUCAGCCACCUAAGCAAAAAUCCACUGGACAAAAUCGAUUCAAAUCCAGGACCAGUAACGUUCUUCCAGUUAUGGCUGUUUCUGGAUCAAGUGGAGAGUCCGCCGUUUCUUUAGUGAGUCCAACUUCUUCUAGAGCACCUCCGCAAUUAGCGACAGAACCAGAUACCAGUACUGCGAACAGCAGACUACUUUCGACGGAAAAUGUCACAUUGUACGUGAAUCAAACAUGUUCUUGCGGUCCAUAUUUUGAUCCUCGAAAAGUAAAAGCAAUGCCAGGUCAAUUUGGAUCAGGACCAAUUCCAAAUGUGGCGAGAGAAAUCUUUCAAGCUUUUUUAAUGGCAGCUUUGAAUCCAAGGCAAAUGUUGAAUUUACUGAAACGUGGCGAAGGUGAAUUCAUUACUUUAACAUUGGAAAGUAAACCAACGACAGUGAGAAUUCCAGUCUUUUUGGAAAUUGAGGAUUUCUAUACAUACAUUAGACGACAACUCGAAGAUCUUUGUGUGUGCGAAUAUUUACUAUCAAAAAGAAAGGAUAAUUGUAGUAAAUGUAUAAUCACAGCACAACAGCCCAGAAUUGUCGUCAAUGAUGAAUCAUCGACACCCUCUAUAGAAAAAAGACGGUGGUCUACUGAUAAUCAGCAAAAUUCUAUGAUCACAAUGUCGACAUCAACAUCACCACAACAAAAGCCCGAGCAUCCACAAACUAUUCCAACAACACAGACUGUAAUACCAGUCACUCCAUCACCUGCCAAACAAUCAAGAAAGUCUGUUCCCGAAUUUGAAGCAGCGACUUCAACGACACAAUCAGAAGUUCCUGUUGCUAAAUAUUCAUCAACGGAACCUUCCGAGUGGACAAUUGAAGAUGUUAUUCAAUUUAUUGCAAUUACGGAUGCUGCUCUUGGUCAACAUGCUGAUCUAUUUCGGAAACAUGAAAUUGAUGGUAAAGCUUUACUGCUAUUGAAUUCCGACAUGAUGAUGAAAUACAUGGGUCUGAAAUUAGGGCCAGCUUUAAAAAUCUGCAAUCUCGUGAAUCGAAUCAAAGGCCGAAGACAUUUAGUACUGUGACUCAUUUAAAUUGAAAUUUCACAGUCGGAUUUAUGAAACAUACUUUUGCUGUUGUUAAGUACAGGUAUGUCAAACAUCUUGAAAAUUCCUUUUUUUCUUUCGCUUCAUCAAUAGAAAAUCUGGUCUCGUUGCAAUUUUGAAGUAUACGAAUAUUUCUCAAAAAUAUACAACAUAUGAAUGAAGAAGAGAAAAAAAUGCAAAAUUUUUAAAAGUCGGAUGGAAGAAAUAAUUAAGAAUGAUAUCAAGGCUGUCUUCCAUUCAAGGAAAGCUUGACAAACUUUCAAAACUUAUGAUCUUCCUAUCUUGCCUUUUAUAUUUUUUAUAUUCUUUUUUUUAAUUAGAAUAUGUAUUUUCUUUUGUGCAUCAUAUUUAAUAUGAUUCUUUCAGAAGAAGUUAUUUAUUUAUAGAUGAUUUAUUAUGUUACAUUCGCGCAAGAAUGUAUUGCACAAUUUUUUUAAGCAAUUCUAGUUUAACAGUUAAAAUUCAUGUACAUUUUUCAUUUUUUUUUUUUUUUUUUUUUUUUUUUUUUUGGUAAUGCUAUUUUAUGUCUUUAAAAUAAAAAAAAAAUUUCUUCUCGUUUUGAAGAAGCCGGAGGGCAGCCUAAAAAUUAAGGCGGUGAGAAAAAGCUUUUCAUAUUGUGAAUAUUUUCCGUGGAUAUUAACGUUUUUAUCUAUUAUUAAUUAAACGAAAGUAUCUCACGUUAAUUUGAAAACUACAUUUAAAAUCUAAAGUGGUGAAUUUUAACGUAUAUAUUUUAUCUAAAGGCUUGUGAUCUCCGUUGAGACGAUUGUAUGUAAUACGGAACCGAUCAUUUCAGUAUCAUUUUAGUUUAUUUUUAAUAUCAGAUCCUACACCAUCUUCUCUUAAUGUUUCUCAUUGUCAGUUAAAUUGAUUUUGUAAUUCUUUUUUAAAUCUGAUUUAAAAAAAUAUUUACUUGCAAGUAUUUAUUUAUUAUUAUUAUUUUUUUGUUUGUUUGUUUGUUAAUAUUUAUGGCAAUGCUGUAUUUUUUAAAAUAUAGUUGUGGUGUAGGACCGUUUGCGAUAGUGACACAAUAAAGAAGAAAGAGUGGUGUAGCAAUCAUUUAUGAUAUUACUAUAAUUUUUUUUUUUUCAAAUGAUUAUCAUUUAUGUAAGAUAAUUUUAAUUGUUUUACUUUCAUAAUUUGUAAUGUAAAAAGAAAUUGAAUGACUGUAAGAGAAAGAAAUAGAGAAUAAGUUGUGUGCAAACAUAAAACUAAUGUUUAUAAAGAACAUUAUUUGUCAAAGUAUUUAAUUGAAUCAACUGAAAUAAAUUAUAUGUUGAUUUUCUUUGUAAACAAGAAAUAGGUACCUACCUACCACAGGAUAAUUUGACAUUCUAAUUUUUUGAUAAUGGAAUAUUUAAAAAAAAAACGAAAUAUCGAUUAUUAUUUAUGGUAAAUUUUCAUUAUUAAAUUCUCUAUAUUAAAAAAAAUAUAUUAUUUAUAGUUAUACAAAUCUUGUUUUACCUAAUGUAAAUUAUAAUGUGAUUAUUGCACGACAACAAAAAUGAUAUUUAGAUAUUACUCUACAAUAUCUAUAAAUAAAAACAAAUUACUGGAAAUUUUAGAAUAAUUAAAUGUUAAUUACUCGAAAACAAUUUAAAACUUCCAGCUCUACCUAUGUACUAUUAUUAUUAUUAUUAUUAUUAUUAAUGAUAGUAAAAUAGUAUAAAAGAAACAUUUUAAUCAAUUUCAAAAGUGU